CCUGCCUUAUUUGUAAAGUUCUGCAUUGACCACUGAAUAUACCGUUUUCAAAACUGUAAAUGAAAUUUUUUAAAAAAAUAAUAAUAAAAUAAAAUAAAAUAAAGACCACUCGCGAGGAUAAAAUUGAGCUGACGAAAAGCUCCCGAAUGCAACAACGUCAGUGGGAACAAUUCUAGCGGAACAAGUAAUUCCGCAUUUGCACCGAUGGGGACGGAUAUUACGGUUACACCAGAUGACUUCCGGAUGGAUCAUACGUGAUAUGAACAGCUGGGGACAUUUUCAAUUUACAUGCUGUAGAGACAGUUUGUGAAAAUGGACAAAAAGGUUGUGGCAGUGGAAUCUGAGGAGAUCGACUGGACAGGAAGUGGAGUUAAAGAGGGGAAGACUGUGAAAAGGACAAAAGUUUUAUUAAAUAAUGUCCACACCGGUGUUCCUAACCCACUUACACAUCCUGUGAAAUACUCUCUGAUAAAAGGAGACUAUCUGUACUUCCAUUAUGGCUGCGAUGGACAAGAUGACAGAGGCUGGGGAUGUGGCUACCGCACCAUUCAGACCAUGGCAUCCUGGAUUUGCAAUAACUCUCCACUGAAGGACAGACCUCCACCAAGCCUCCCAGAAAUCCAGCAAGCCUUGGUCACCAUGGGGGACAAACCGGGCUCAUUCUCAGGUUCCAGGGAAUGGAUCGGAACAUUUGAAGCCUCCCUGAUCCUUGACUUUUUCUAUGAUGUCCCCUGUAAGCUGGUCCAUGUCAGAGGAGGAGGUGCAGAGCUGGAGCAUGUUGCAGUGGCAGAGCUGCAUCAGCACUUUGAGAGGCAUGGAUCUCCUGUGAUGAUGGGAGGGGACAGGGAUAACUCCUCUAAGGGGAUAUUUGGGGUGUGCACUGGGGACAAGGGGAGCUACUUGCUGGUUGUUGACCCUCACUACUAUGGAUGUCAGCUGGAGAAGACUGAGCUGCAGACGCGGGGUUGGGUGUCGUGGAAGAGAGUUUCAUCUCUGGAUCAGUCUUCAUUUUAUAAUCUGUGUAUGCCUCAGACUGCAGGGAAAGGAACAUAAAGGACUUUAAAAUAGUUAUUUGUGAGGAUGAACCAUAAAAAGCGUCUUAUCAUUGUCAGCGUCUGAUUUAAAAUGAGUUGUAGUGCCAUCCUGUGGAGAAAAAUCAAUUAUUACAGUGUAUUUGAAGAACAAACUCUUUUUUUUCUUCACUAUUGCGCCAUAAAAAUAAUGUUGAAACUCAAAUCUUUUUGGACAUACAUUCAAUAUUCCCCCUCAAUAAUUUAUUUCAUAACUUCAACAGUAAAUGUUAUAGCUUGCUUUCAUUUUCACAUUAUUUCUAUAGUGUGAGAUGCAAAUCAAGAUCACCAAAAAUUCUAACUUAGACAGGACAUGAUUGUUUAGUAUAUCAAUAUUGUGAAUAUUAAUUGUUCAAAAGCAUUCUUGUAUUUGUAUCUUAUUGGUCUUUUGACAGUCUAUUAUUUAAGCCAUUAAAAUCAGAAAAAAAAGUAUAAUUGACAAUGAAAUUUUACUAAGGGACUGUUUGUUAGUUAUGAGA